AGGAAUUUGGUUUGAAAAAAAGAAAAAGUUGGAAAUUGAGGAUUUUUUGUCUUGUUUUUACUGGGAAUUUGCUAGCAAAAUUGAUGUACCAACGAAGCAAACAGGGCAUCGCGACCCUAAAGCUUGAUUUUGGAGGACAGGUCUGGCACGAUCCUCCCCAAAUCAAUUGCAAGCCCUAAUUUUAUUCCCAUUUUUUCAAUCGCAAAUCGGCUUGAAAAGACUGAGUCGCGGGCGAAUCAGACCCCAAACCACACAAAUCCAGCAAUAUUCUUUCUUUGGAGGAUUCAGAGACUUUUCCCCCCGGUCCUGCAAUUUUUAGGUGUGAUGGCGCUAUGUGCUUUCUAAGCGUGUAGCGUCCAUGGUGGGUAACAGGUGCUGCCAUUAGACUCGCAUGAAUGCUGCCACGCACCUUGAUUUUACUUCCGUGGGUGCUGCAAAUUUUCAAACGUUCAUUCCAAGAUGACGAACUGGUUCUCCCAUCUUAAGGUAUCCUUUCUCCUGCAAGUAUUCAAGAAGCUUCGUUCUGCAAGAGUUGAUUCGGAGAAUUCCUCGUUCUUAUAUUGCGUGUUGUUAACUGCACACUGGAAAUAUAAAGGCGUUAAGCAUGAUCUUUGUUUUGAGGAAUGACAAACAACGUACAGCAAUUUUCUCACAGCUUUUUCGGGUGCGAAAUAUUAAGUUGGAUUGCCUUUCUUCAGUGAUUAGGUUGUAUGCUUUAUUUUGAGCCUGUCAUAUGUGCGGCUCAGACCUGGUGCCGGAAACUUGAGAGAUGUGCCCCAAAUGUGAAGCAGAUUCCCGCAGUGGCUGUUGCAAAGCCGUUCCAGUUGUGGAAAAUAGAAGGCACGCCGAUGGUUCAUGCUCUUCAAGUACUGUGAAAGAUGCUUUUAUGUCAAAUCUUAGUACAAUUUCUGGAACUUUUUUGCUGGACCAUGUAUACAAGAGAAGAAAGCUACAACAGGGUUCUGACAGCAUUGCUAAUGAACAAAUCCCGGGGGACAUGAAAAGAAGAGGAAAUUCUCCUUCUGCCAAUUGUUCUAUUGGUCCUUCAAUCACAGACAACGAGCCUUCAUUAGGCUGCUUGUCCAAACAUGAAAUUGUUGCUGCUGGAGAACCAGUCCCAUCUCUGGUGGUUGAUAGCCAUCCCCAUGUAUCAGAUUCUGAACCUUUUCGUAAAUACAAAGUCCUGGAAGAACGUGGUCCAGAUGAAGCAUCAAUAGGUGGAAUGCACAAAGUAAUUGAUGUUGACAGUGUAAACGACAGUUGUUCAUCAAGAUCCAACAGAGAACUUACCUCAACUUCCUUGAGACCAGAAGUUGAUGAGACUUGUGAAUGUUCCUCAUCUAGUGUAACACUUACGGAGGAAAGAAGUGAUGUCCUAUUAACAGAAAAUGAUAUCUGCAUCUCCAUCCUUAGGAGCAAGGGGUUGCUCGAAAGAACUUGUUCCACACCAACUCAUUCCUCUGAAGAUACUGUGUGUCACAGCAGUGGCUAUAGCGAUGCCUGCUCAUGCAAAACUUGUGGUCGCAACGGGACAGCACUGAAAAUGCUAAUAUGUGAUCAUUGUGAUGGAGCAUUUCACUUAUCUUGCUGCUAUCCUCGUAUGAAAAAGAUUCCGGAGAAUGACUGGUUGUGUCCCUCUUGCUUGAGAAAGAAGCACAUUGUUAUCAAGCAGACAGCUACCAAGAAACCAACAAAAACUAUUAUUGAAACCGCUAGAGGCAAAAGUGCAUCUGCUGUGGAAGAUUCAAACCCAAUAGCAGCAAUGUUAGAAAAUGACGAGCCAUACACAACUAGUGUUUGUGUUGGCAAAGGUUUCCAAGCGGAUGUUCCUGAAUGGAGAGGUCCUCAAAUAGAUGACAUCGACAUGGUUGAGGAACCACCAGUGAUAGAUCCUUCAGAGUAUGCCCAUCAUCAAGAUUUGAAAUUAAGCAAGCCUUUUAGUCUCAGCUCCAUUGGCAAUUGGCUGCAAUGUCGGAAGGCAGUUGAUGACGCUGAAGGUGUUAAUGGAAAUAUAUGUGGAAAGUGGCGCAGAGCACCUCUUUUUGAAGUCCAAACUGAUAAAUGGGAGUGCUUCUGUUCUGUUUUCUGGGAUCCAAGCCAUUCUGAUUGUGCUGUCCGUCAGGAGUUGGAGACAGAUCAAGUUCUAAAGCAAUUAAAGUAUAUUGAGAUGCUGAGACCGCAACUUGCAGCUAGCAGACGAAAGUUUGUCCUAUCCAAGAGUGAAGUCUCUCGGGAACCGUGGAGAACGUGACCAACAUAUAAGCCCUAGAAGAAUGUCAAUAUACGUGCUUGAUGAUUCUGUGAGGUGUAUGUAAUGCCAGCCUCGGCUCAUAAAUGUCUUUACACAGAAAUAGCUGAUUCCAAUUUUGAGUUUAUGCUUUUGGUCCCUUCUUCCUACCCUCAUUCAGCUAUUGGUUUUUUCUCAUUUUUGUUAGCUGUAGAAAGAGCAUACAAUCGGUUUACUAUUAGUGAAAUAGGUCCUUAGUUGAUCACGUUUAUCAAGAAUUUAGUUGAUCAUGUUUAUCUAGAAAUUUCUGUAUAAACCACAGUGCCUGUAGCCUUUACCCAUUGGGGGUGUGUAGGAAUGUAUUGUGUGGAUUACAGUGUGCAAUUUAGUAAAGCUUAGCACAGUGGUUCUAGUUCUAGUCACCAACCAUUUUCCUUAGUCCUUGUAUAGUCUUCAACUUGAUUAAGCACUGAUGCACCAAGAAAA